AUGCCUGCAUACCGCACUCGCGAGACAUCCUCCAGACCCCUCGAAGUCGCGACGGACGCGCCACACCCUCUCCCGACGGUCGCUAUCGUUUCCCCGACGCCUCGCGCAUUUUCCUUCCCUAUCAACAACGACGUUCACUUCGCCUCCCCGUCAAGUUCGCCCUUCGAGCCCGAUCUGAAGUCGGUAUGCACGCCGCCCCCCGUCCGCGCCUUCUCCCCCACCUCCUCCAUCGGCUCUGAUGGAUCCUCCAUCCUCUCGACCCCUUCAGCCCGCUCCUCGCAGGCUUCGCAUAAGCGGCGUAGAUCGACCGCGAGCGAUAUCGUGGAGCGGCGGCCAAAGAAGGGCGACGAGGACUACAUCAAGCGUCCCGAGAACGCGUUCAUCCUCUUCCGGCGUAAGUGCUGCGAGGACCGUCAAGCGGCCGAUGAGGCGGCGGAGGAACCAGUCAAGAAGCAGCGUCAGGCGGAUCUCUCCAAGGCGAUCAGCCAGCAGUGGAAAAGUCUGCCCGCGGAGGAGCGGUCGUACUGGGAAGAUCUAGCGAAGGAGAAGAAGAAGGAGCACGAGGCGAUGUACCCCAAUUACGUCUAUCGCCCGCAGAGGAUUAAGGAGAGGGCGAAGUCGAAGAAGGGUAAGGGGCGGAGGGGUGACGGCGAGCAAGAGACGGAUGCGGAGAGCAGCAUUUCGUUCGUGCUUCCAGUUCCGUCUCCUCCUCGCAGCCUCAGUCGCGACAGCCUCCCUGCGCCGUCGCGCGGUCAGAAUCGGAGAGCGGUUUCUGCGCCGACGCCACCGCCUACGUAUCAGACCAUCCAGCUUCCGAGCGUCUUCAUGCCCUCAUGCCCCACGUCCCCGUCCCUUCUUCCCCGAAUCAGCAGACGCUCUCCUCGUAUACCCCAUCCCGACGACGACCAUCUGACGCAUUUCGAGUACUUACCUAACGACUCCCUCUAUCCGCCGACAUUCCAGCAACACGCCGCCUUCGAGCCGAACGUCCAGAUGUUCCAAGCUGAGCAGCCCGCGCUCCAGCAACAGCACCAGCAGGGCGGUCCUCUUCUCCAUUCGCUCAGCAUCCCGCGCGACCCGGGCAUGAUGGCCUCCAGCCUCGUGUCGCCCGCAGAGUCCAUCGCGUCGAGCCAGUUCUUGUCGCCCAUUGAUCACUUCACGUCUCCCGUCUCGCCUUCGUCGCCACAGGGCGCCCCGUUCACGCCGGCCGAGGCCAUCUCGAUGAUGGCCCUGUCGCUUAACAACCCGGCCGACGACACCAGCCAACACCCAGACCCGAGUCAAGCUCCCGAGAUGUCGUUCCCCUCGUUCUCGUGGCCGACCGAAGGGAGCCUCUGGCCAGACGAGAGCAUGAUCCCGGACGACUUCGACCUCAGCGCCAUCCCGCCGAUUGAGCUUGGUAUCUCGAAGUUUGACGGCGAGAUGCAGCAGCUCGCGAGAAUGUCGGCCGACGUACCGCUAGGGUACGACUUCGAGAGCGGCGAGUUCCCACCCAUGGACAUGGCGCCAGAGCACGACCUUCACGACGCAGACCCUGGACAAGACCCGUAUAACGUCAACGGGAUGUUCAGUGGCUACGACAAUGGCAAUAUGCCCUGGUGA